AUGACCAUAACAACCCAAUGUGCUAAAGUAGUAGUCACUCUUGAAUGCAGCCUGAAGAAAAAGACUACCCUCAAGGGUCGGGGAAAGUAUCCACACCGGGAUUUGAACUCAGGUUUCCUCGGGGAAACAACAUGCAAUUUACCCGAUGAGCCACUGAGGCGGUUAAUGUGUGGAUCAGUUCCAGAUGACCAUAACAACCCAAUCUCCUCUUGGGCCUCUUCAUUGACUGGCAGUACCGGCAGUCCAUCAUCCGCCUACGAUAUUGAUGGAAAGCAGCGUCCUUGCUAA